AUGAUUCCAAUUACACACAAAAAAGCCUUGACCUCUUCCAUGGUCUCGUCUACUUCUGGAAAAUCUGCUCCAAAACGUAAAGCAGAAGUAGACAAAAGAGAUACGAACCCAAAUAAAAAAAUUAUUAACAAAAAGGAACCCCAAGCAGAAGUAAGCGAAGAUACUGGAUACAACUACAAGAAAGAAAAAAAAAUUAUUCAUAUUACAAUUUCCUCUACAACAAACAAAAAGAAAUUACUCAAGUUUUACGAUCAAUCAACCAAACGUAUAAUUGGGUGUCAAUAUACAAUGCUUGGUACAAGCGUUGGACGCUCAGAGAUAGUUGACCGUAUUGAAUGUAUUACGUUAGAUACGGGUCGAGAUGGUUAUUAG